AUGGAUAAUGGGCAGAGGCAAACCCUGCACUUGAGCAGCAAUAUCAAGAAUAAUGUGGUUCAGUUUCUACUCAAGCAUAGCCAUGAUGGAGUACUAUCAAGAGGGGCUGUAAUGGAGGCAGCAGAAGCUCAUAGCAUCAGUAGGAAGACAGUAUACAGGCUGUGGAAGGCAGCCAAUGAGCAGAUGCAAAGGGGAGAACCUGCAAUGAUGGAAGGAAAGGUUAAAGGCUAUCAUCAUGGAGACAUAUUAGAACUUGAUCAAGAAAAGGUUAGAAACUUAUCUACUCUUGAAAGAUCAUCCCUGAGGAAAAUGGCAGUAAAAUUGAAUGUGAGUAAGAGCACAUUAGGUCAUUGGGUGAAGCAAGGUAAACUAAGGCCACAUACAAAUGCAAUCAAACCUGCCCUCACCAAUAUGAAUAAGAUAGCAAGAGCUAGAUGGAGUCUUAGUCAACUUCAGCCACAGAUUAAUCAAGGUAGAGUUAAGUUUCAGAGCAUGCAUAAUGUUGUGCAUAUAGAUGAAAAAUGGUUCUAUAUGACCAAGGUAUCAGACAGGUACUACCUUUUGCCCGAUGAGGAUGAGCCAUAUAGGACAUGCAAAUCCAAGAGAUACAUCACCAAAGUCAUGUUUAUGUGUGCUGUCCAAUGUGCUGGAGGUGGAGGAGGAUGUUGUGAGAGAUGUGCUUCAGUACUUACAACUGCCAGAGAACAAUGUUGGGUCAGUGUAUGA